AUGCCAUUCGCCGUCGUGGAAACCGUCAACGCUCGUGGAUGUAAGGAGCUUUCAGUCGUUCCUGAAAAGUGGUUGCGAACCUCUCGCAAUGGGAACAUUCUGCUCUGGCCGAAUGUGAAAAGCAUUGCAGAGCAGGAGAAAUUACUCCAGGACGAAAACAGCUGUCCGAAAAAGUCUUGGCUGAAAUUCAAAUGUGUAGUGAAACGAAAUUCCGUAUCAUCUUUCGGAGCAGCGAAGCGUGUGCUUGACGAUUUAUCUGGAGAAUCGUCGUCAGAUAUCAGUGAAUUAACCCGGCGUAAGAGGAAAAUCAAUCGUGAGAAGGACAACUUUCAGAAGAUGCUUGUUCUGGAAAACUCAUUUGUCGAUGAUGAAACACAAAAAAAUGUUCCGAGUAAUGGUAUCUCACAAGCACUCGCACCACCAACCAAUGGAUCCGUUGAUAUUGCUGGGUUGUGGAAAGAAAAUGUCCAAAUUGUGAAGAAUGACGUUUUGCUUUCAGUAUUAGAACCCUCAUCAUCCACGCCGCUCGCUAUAUCUAGAGAAGUUACUGAACAAAUUGGCCAUACACUUCAAUCAGAACUUCUACCACAAGUAUCAUCACCAGCCACUGUAUUGGCCUCGCCUGUUGUCAUCAAUAGGAAGUCGCGUGAAAACGUACAAGCUCAUGUGGAGUACGAAGCUCCGGAAGUGUCAACAGCGCUGCCAGCUACACCAACAACUGUUAUCACGGGGCUGUCAUCCGGAGCAAACUUGCCGACUGUCCAGUAUGUGACGUACAACAACGUUGAGGAACCGGUUGCGUUUCAAGCAGAUAACGCAAUGCUGAAAGAAACAGUUAACGAGUUGCGUCAAAUGAACCAACGACUGAGUCUGCUUGAAAAGAGGGUAGCGAAUAUCCAUACCCAAAAUGAAUUUAUCUUGGAUGCCAUCCAGAAAGGAAACGUAAACACUGCGGAACCACAGUCAUUCUGUUUUGCAGCCAUCGACACUGAACAAAAGCUAGCAGAGCUGGAAACAAAUUUAUCGGAUGACGAUUUCAGAGCGAAAAUGGUUCAAUGGUUGCAAUUGCGCGUAAGCGGUGACUGCGCAGAUAACCGCAUGCUUAUGGUCCUGGACAUGUUGUUCGAUAAACAAUUUCAGACUAAAUGCACUUGGACUGGUGCCAGCAGAAAAGGACCAAAGGUAGCAGUUAUGACACAUCGCAAUGUACUGCAACUUUUUCAGCAACUUGGAAGUGACUCUACAGAGGUGGUUACACAAAAGAAGCUGGCGAGCUUCUUUAUGAAAAAGCUUAAAAACUCGCUAAAACGGUUGAUGGCCUCAAAUAUUCGUCAAGGAACUCGGCAUGUGCGAGGGAAGAAACAACAAAAAGCAGGUGAAAAGGAGGUUCAACCUGUUGAUGGAUCGACUGUUGAUUCAAGAAACAUUUCAGAAGAUCGAAUUGAUGACGAUGACAAGUGCCACAAUGAGCUUAACUCAUCCGAUGAUGUAGCCAGUUCAUCCGUAGAUUCGUCGGACGCAAUUGAUCAUGCUGACAUUCGUUCCGACUGGAGUGACUCGGAUAAUUCUACUGAAUAACGUGGCUAAGCCAUGAAAUGUAACGGUAUAUAUAAAUUUGAAUUUGAAUGAUUUUGCUUUCAUAUUUUGAACUGAAAUGCUUUUUAUUUAAUUUUUUUGUGAAUUUAACAAAUCAUUCCAUUAUGUUAAUGUA